GUGAUGACGACACGGAGUCCGCCCGCUCGAGAUCGAAUCUGGGCGCAGAGCUUCCGGUUGUCACCGCCCGGGAGGGUCGGGUAGCUCUCACUGAGCAGACGCUACGUUCGCAUGUUGGGUCCCUUGGACCUCAACCAGCAUACGUGCCAUCGCGAGCGUCGCUGACACAUCAGCCCUCACCCACAGUCGUAGGCUAUUCUCCGGUGCCUCCAUCGCACACCUCCGUUCCAACUGUCGUGAAUCAGUUGUAUCAGCAUCAGCAAAACGUUCUGAUCAGUGCGGAUCCUGCACUGAUAAUGGAUACAGCAAAUGCAAGACAUGCUGAAGCCGUUCGCAACAUCCAAAGUGAAAACAGGGAGCAAAUUCUCGCUUUGGAAACAGGUGCCAUGAGUCAAGUCGCUCAGCUGAGGCUUGAGCAUGCACAGUUGCAGUCAAAAGCCAGAGCCUGUGAAGAACAGGCUAAUCAAAACAUCCAUGCUGGUCGGCAGGCCGUAGCCCAGUACCAAAUUGAGGCUGAAACAGCCGCUGCUGAAGCUGAGCAGCUAAGGCAGCGCCUCCUAUCCGCUGAACAGACAGCUGCGAAUGUUGUCGCCCAGGUGGAAACCGAGGCUAAUCGCAGGUUGCAGGCUAAUCAAGCCGACGUGUCAGCUCGUGACAACGAGCUCUCUCGCCUCAAGGGUGAGAUGCAAGAGAUGAUGAGGAUUCAAGCCCUCAACAUGGAGAUGCUGCAAAAGGACAAUGCCGAGCUAAGAACACGCUUGGCGGGAGCCAAAGCUGACCCAUUGGGCAAUGAACCGGAACAGUUUGGAAAGAUCACUUUCACCGGCCUUCAAGAGCUUGACGAUGGGCGUGUGCUGGAUGUGUACAAUAAGAUUAAGGUGAUUCCACCACCCGAUAAUCUCACUUCGCACCCCAUUCGUAAUGUUUGGCUCCUUGAGAAAGGUAAGUGGUUUGCGUACCAAUCAGAUGGAACUCAUUCUGCUUGUGACGUUGAUAUAAGGUAUAGCCCCGAUACAAAGGUGGUUAAGGUUAGAAAUUCUAGUGAGCUUGAUCCUCCUGAGACUAGGAAGGCAAUCAUCCAGUUAGCCAGGGAUUACCACAAGGCUGGCGCCUCUGUACUUCUUUGGUUCCAUCAACGGAAUCCGGGGGGUACAGACAAGGAUCAGGACGAGCUCAAUAGCAUCAUGUUCUCCAAGACUUGGGCUUCGUUUGUUGACAUCGCCGAUGCUCUUAAGAAGUACAAAGCGAGGUUCAUCAUUACGUGGCCCAGGGACAGCGUGUUCUGGGGAUGGCAGCGUGUCAAGAGGGUACUUGAUGGCUAUGGUUUUAGCAAAACUCACCUUAAGCCGAUGGUUGAAGCUGCUGACUUUAAGCCUGAAGUCAUUGCCCACUACACGUUAGCCUCCAACACGAAGCGUCUUGUUGAAUUCUUGAGACGAGGAUUGAAGGAUAGUGCCAAGAAAUCAGAGUCCCAACACUACUUCAAAGGCACCCUUACUGCGAUCCUUGGUCGUGUUUUUGAAGAUCAUGAAAUCCAAAAAUCAGAGAGAAACCAGACUCACGUUGUAGCUGUUGCGCUCAAGAUUCAAGCAUCCCCAACGUCCUCUCUUUCGCUCCUUCCCAUUGCGAACAUGUCCUCUGCCCAGAGCACCCGUGACGCUCUUGCACAGGGAACCGCAGCCCGGGAGGGUGUGCAGACUGCUGAGGAGUUGCAGUAUGCAACGGCCGAUCGUGAGGAACGCAUUCAGGCAUAUCGUGCCGCACUCAAAAGUGCCGACCGCCUGGCUGACGCCAUGGCCGGAAUCACCCACCUUGCUCGGCAUGCUGACCUUGCUGAGGUGUUUGAUGAACCCGGGGCUGACGCCGACGGUGAUGAAAUGUUCCUUGGAAUCAUGACGGUGAAGGAACGGCGCGACAUGCGUGUGCAUGCGCCGAAUGCGCCCUGGACUGCACUGUACGAAGCCUGGUUCCGUCAUUAUGCUUGCCGCCAGGGCAACCCGUACAUGCAGGACCAACGCAACACCUCCCUGACGGGAUGGUCAGCCCUCAUCCUUCAGCACAUUAAGGAUUUGGGUAUCCUCGGAUGGGGUGUUAACUUCGAGAAUGCCAUCAAUAAGACGGCAAUGUAUGACAUUUGCCAUAGGGUCCACAUUCUGUCAGAGCGUAGCGGUACCUUCCCACUGUUUCCCGCGAGCUCAGCUCUCUUGGACGGGCUCUACAGCCCAGCCUUGGGCAGGAUUUCCGCGCCCCCCACGGCGGAAGCCGGUGGUUUCGACGGCACCGACAUUCUUGUGGCCGGGGACUCAUCCUUGGCAUUGUGCUGGAUGCAAGGAAAACGGUGUGUGAAGAAAACCACUAUCUUCCCGAUGAUGCAGGACAUAGUCCGCGCGAACCCAGAGUUCGGGGAACUGGACGAGAUUGAACAUUGGCCCGCAAAGCAGCGGCUGAUUGUCGAGAAGAGCGUCCGCCGCCUCAUCGAGCUGCGGAAGCACACUCGUGUCAGAGGCCUGACGGUUCUCUUGGGAGAUGACAACGGUCGUUUUUACAACCUGCCCAGCGAGUAUGAUGAAGAGAUGGGUAAGUACGCCCGGCAGUUGCUGAGUGCAGGCAUCAGCGUCGUUGAUCCAUCAAGUCUCCUGAUGAGGACCACGCGUCCUGACGGGUUCCACAUCGAGGUCACUGACCCGAAUGUGACUGCAUCCUUGCAGUGGUGGCAUGCUCUCACCAGAGCCGUGUCCACCGACCGAAUCAUCACUCGCCGGAAGGCUGAGUUCGUCGCCAAUCAGAGAAGUAUUGUGUUCCGCAAUCACUUCGAGCUUGGGAAGGCCGAAAAGACGCUCACGGUGCCGCCUGCUAGCCAGCGUAUCCUUGAGCCAUUGGACCACGCACCCAAGCUUCCGGCGGAAGCCAGGGAAGAGGAUGAGCAGAUCGUUCUCGGUCACCCUCUUCUGAUGAUGAUGCCUGAGCCGGUCGACGAUAUCGAUCUCAAGCCGGAAGGCUCUGAAGAGGUGACCCAGGUUGAACACGUUCUAUUCAGCCGUGAUGUUGGGUCAGAGCUGCCCCUCGACCUUGUCGCCAUCGAUCCUGAGGCGCAAGAGGACUUUGCCUUUACGGUGGCACGUGAUGUCAUCAACACCACGAAUGUGCUUAUCCCUGACGGAGACGCCAUCGAGAAGGAGGCCACUGACGGCAUCCCCACGGUGUGGGACGAACCCCCUGAGGUUCCGGCAUUGGAAGAUGACCGCAGACUCCCGAAAGGCACAGUCAGGUAUUCGCAGUCUCUUCGCAAAGUCGGGUCGACGCCCAAGUCGAAACCCGAUCCUGCCAAGCACAGGAGAAUCUCGGAGACAGUCGAUACCGACGACGAAGAGGAUGUCGUUAUGGACCUGGAUCCUGAUGACACCGCUCAGCCGUCGGAAGACGCCGCUCAGCCGUCGGAAGACGUUGCUGUUGACUUCGAGCCAUUCUUUGAGUGGUGGGGCUAUGAAGACAUCCCCGAUUUUGCCCCAAGCCAUCGCUACAUGACAGAUGGCAAGCGGCGAGCAUUGAGCAAUGCCAUGAGCUUUUUCCUUCGCGGCUUCGCGAAUAGUGCAGAGUCACAGGCACAACGGCGGCCACCGCCCAUGAUGACCUUCGACCCCGCAACACGGGAGGUCGAAUGGGAUCACUUCAAAGAGCAAUUGGGCAAACAGUGGCGCGGUCUCCGGUCGGAAGACGUCAUGGAAGUGGUGAAGUAUGGGAACCACGACAAAGAUGACAACGGACGCUUUGAGUUGCGCGUCCUCCACUUCAUCGACCACACUGAGAUUCAUGGAAUCCGUGCAUUCCAAGGGCACUGCCGCGAUCUCAUCUCUGACGAGACUGAUCUUGUGGAUAUGCGCAGUGACAGCUAUGCUUUGUGUGACGACUACAGGCCCACCAUGCAUACGCGUCCUGCCGUAGGAGUCACUGGCCAAAUCCACAACGACUGGGUCAGAAUGCAUCCGAUCGGAUACCAUGCGACCUAUUGGAGCAAUUUUUCCUAUAUCGUUAGUACCGGUCUCAUCCCAGGCGGUGUCACCCUCGGCGGAAGCACGGGGAGAGCCUUCACAAUGAUGGCUUCCCUCCCUCAGUGGGAAAGGCCGAACAACGCAGGCCUGCGACCUGGCGCUGAGGUUGAAUUCGCUAUCGACCUCCAACUCGCGUGCCUGGAAGGGUGUCGCAUUCUCCUGACAAAGAACAAUGUUCUGCAGACCCCAGAUUGGUUGUCCAAUCGCUACCUUAUGUUUGCUUACGACCGCAGAACCGGGAAACCCGUAUGGUUUAACCGCUCGUACGAGCUCACGCGAGCUCGGGUGUCCAAAGCCCGUGAUGCAUAUGUCAAGCGUCAGGAGAUCCUGCCGGUCUUCAACCAAGACCUCAUUGAACGCGCAGCGGAAGCUGACGCCAAUUGCAUCAUGGAUUACGUUGAUCUCUGUUACCCGAUCCACAAUGAAAAUUUGGACUGGGUUGAGUUCUUGGGUAUGUUCAUGGACAUGCAGAAGCCCUCGCACUUGCGUGAGGUUGAGCAGUUUCAUGUCGAUGGUCGUACCAUCUGCUUUGAGCAGGGUAGUCCGCUGGAGGGAACUCUGUGCGAAUGGACUUUGGAUGCCCAGGUCUACUUUUCGCCCAUCGGGCUGACCACCGAGCGCCCGUUGCGUGUGGAGCGCAAGCACUACUCAGUGUGCCUCAACGUGCACUUCCCAAAGCUGCGCUGCCCUGAUGAUAGGUGCAGGUCUCAGAUGCUUGACGGCUAUCUCAAUUGCCCCCGCUGCCAGCGAAAGUUGUUCAAUCCGAGCGACAUCUCCCACAUUGCGGAGCUGGCUGAUCUGCGGGCGGAAGCCGCGCAAGGUGGAGCUAACCACAGUCUCCACUAUCUGGCACCAAGAGCAGCUAUCAACACUCGUCCACACGAGCACACCCGUCAGGGGGCCGAUGUUAAGAAAAGCAUCGCUGCGACUCUCAAGGAGAAGUGCAAGAAAAUGGUGGCGAAAGCAGCAGAAGGGACACAUGGUUCCCUGCGCCAGAACCUGAAGUACGAACCCUUCAGCGCCUUCAAUGUGUUUUCGAAGGGGAUGACGGUGACUUCACUCGACGAAGUCGAGAUGUUCGCGCGCUUGCGACUUCCCGCCCCGGGAACGGGGACGGAGGCAAAGAGAGGCUUUGCCGGAUCUCAUACAUCCGAUGCACGCACUGCUCUCAUUUUCCCUCCCGUCGACGACAUUAUUUGCGGGGAGUACAAUUACCAGAGGAACAUCUUUCUCGAGCUGGCCAAGCACUGCUAUUUCUGCUUCCAAGAUCGCUUUUACUUGGUUCCUGAAAUCGCCGUGUUGAUCCGUGCCACUCAGUUGGCCUCUGAGGUCCGCAAUCUGCGUCCUUUCACAAUCCUCCGCCAUGACGGCGUCGAGUACCAGCCCGUGACCGGGACUGUCCCUGAGAUCAUGGCCGACCUCGUCGGUUUGCUCCGCAACCAUGCACAUCGUGCUCUUACCAACAAGGAGCGUAACCAGCAACGGGUUACUGUGCAAGUCGGGAUCGGGCAGACUCCCUUGGAGAUUCCAGCAUCGCUAGGAACUAUGGGCAGGUCUCAGAUGCUUGAACUUCUGGGCGGUACGCGGUUCAGUGUUGAGCGUACCCGCGGCUGGAUUAAUCGCGAGGUGGAAGACCGAAUGGUCCGACAUGGUGCCACUCCCAUUGGCGCCAUGCGUGUGCCGCCUCCACCGCCGUCACCAUCCGGAAGGACUGGUCCUGACUCGUCGCUGCCUGCAGCAACACCCAGUGUUCGGCCUCCACCGGCUCCUCCGAGCCGAGGUCGCUCACCUGGCGGUGCAGCUUCGUCAUCCACGGAUCGUCCGAUGAGCACUUCUGUUCCAAAAGCUGCAAAGACGAAGGCAAGGCCGGCAUCUGCCCGAAGCAUUACGCCGCCUCCUCCAAAACCAAGUGCCAACAGACCAGUGCAGCCGCCUUACCCGCCUACUGCAAAAGCUGUUCCGAAGGCUGACGCCGUUCGUGCACCUGAGGAAUACAUCACUGCAGAUGAAUGGGACAACUACUUUGCCGGCCGUGGCGAAGUCAGAGGCUUUGCUGUUGGCGAUGCACCGGCUCCGGUUGCUGCCCCUGCUGGGCCACCUGCCACAGCCGCCGGAGGGCGUGCUCGCACUCGCUCACCGCGCCGCCAUGACUAUGGUGGUGGUCGAGACUAUCAAGAGGCCGCGAACGACAGGCAAUUACUCGAGAACCUGACGGUCACUCUCCCAGGCUUCCCAGCUGAUCGCUUGAGGGACUGGACUGACCAGGAUGGGAACGGAUUCGAUCCAACCCAACCAAUGCCUCGCAAUUGCACUCGCACUGAUGCUUGGUAUUGGGCAGUUCUCCGUGCCCGUUAUCUUGAGGAGCUGUCGCCCAAUGAAGUGCCUUUUGUGAUUCCCGAUUACACCGACCGGGAGGUCUUGGUUCAGCAUCCAGUUGAGCAGAUUGCCUGGUUCCUGCGUGGCUGGGAGGAGUUCCGCCAAGACUCCAAUGGAGCAUGGUACAGGGCAUACUAG